AUGGCCAGGAUGGAAGCUAUGCUUGCAAACCUUUGUAAGGAGUUUGAAGACAUAAAGAAAUUCAAGGAGGAAGUAAUAUCCAAUCGGCAAAAUCAAGAUGCAGCCGCUCAGAAGCUUGAAGCACAAAUUGGGUAUUUUUCCAAACAAGCCCCUAGCUACAGUUCCAGUAGUGCUACUAAGACAAUUUCAAGAGAGGAAUGCAAAGCUAUUACCCUUAGAAGUGGAAGAAAAUUGGAAGAGAAGUCAAUGGACACUGAAGAAGAGAAAGAGGAGGAUAGUUCAAUUAACAAGAAAGAAGCACAAACACCUACUCCUAGUUCAUCAGAAGAAAAGGAAGCUUUAAAGCCAUAUGUCCCAAAGGCUCCUUACCCACAACGCCUAAUGAAGAAUGCAAAGGACAGCCAGUUCUCCAAAUUUUUGGAGAUUUUCAAGAAACUUCAGAUCAACAUUCCCUUUGUAGAAGCACUAGAACAAAUGCCACUUUAUGCUAAGUUUCUGAAGGAAUUGAUGACCAAGAAGAAAAGCUGGAGGAAUGAUGAAACUGUAAUCUUAACUGAGGAAUGUAGUGCUAUCAUCCAACACAAGCUACCCCAAAAAUUGAAGGACCCAGGAAGCUUCCAAAUUCCCUGCAUCAUAGAGGAAAUAACAGUUGAAAAAGCCUUGUAUGAUUUGGGAGCUAGUAUAAAUCUGAUGUCCUUAACUAUGAUGAAAAGAAUGAAGAUUGAGGAAGCCAAACCAACAAGAAUGGCUCUCCAAUUGGCAGAUCGGUCAUUCAAAUUCCCUCAUGGAGUAGUAGAAGAUUUGCUAGUAAAAGUAGGAGACUUCAUCUUCCCUGCUGACUUUGUGAUAUUGGACAUGGAGGAAGAAGCUAAGGCUUCAAUAAUUCUGGGAAGGCUACAUGAGGAAAGGAUGUUAUUCAAUGUAUUCAAAGCCAUGAGCUAUCCACCAGAGUCACUGGGAGAGUGUAUGAGGUUAGAUGCAGUGGAAACUGUGGUGCAAGAAACCUUUGAAGAAGCACUUGAAGGAUUAAUAGAGGGUGAUUCCAUGUUAAAUGUUGAGAUUGCUGAUGCCAACUCAGCUGCAAUGCCUAUUCCAAGUGCAUUGGAGGAGAGGAAAAAGGAGAAAGAAGUACCAAAACUGGAGCUAAAAGCACUACCUCCUACUCUCAAGAUGCAUACUUGGGAAGUGAUGGAAGUUACCCAGUAA